CUCAGACAUUCUGUGCUUUUAAAAAAGCAUUAGAUGCAUUGGAUGAUUAUUACACAGACCCACCUAAAAUUUUCCCUUCACAACUAGAGUUUCUAUACAUCAACUCAUUCACCCCUAUUCCAAAUGAAACAAGUAUUCAGUUUUCCUACCUCAAACAACUGCAUGAAGACAAAUUAUUGUUUCUUGUUGAGCAGAAAAGCAACAACAAUGUACCAAAACAAUUACUUAAUGUUCCAGGAAGAUGGCAUAUGAUUGUAAUGGAGAAUUUAGAUAAUUAUGAACAUUUGUCUCUACAUGUAUCUACAGAAGUCAAGGGGGCUUUUAAAGAGGCUGUUAGAAAGAUGCAUGGUGCAGGAUUUUUACAUGAUAAUUUGAGAGAUCUAAACAUUCUCUAUCAAAUAAAAAAGAAAGAUAAUAAUGAAGGUGUUGAAGCUGGUAGGAUUGAUUAUACAACAACAAGAUAUUCCUCAUAUCUUAAUCCCAAAAUUAAAAGGCAUCAUGAUGCUCACUCUGGAUAUCAGAUUAAGCAGGAGCAUGAUGACUAUAUG